UAAUUUCCGGGUAACGGCAUCGGAAACACUCCUCGCCUGCAAAAAGGCGGAUCCCUCUCUCUCUUUCUCUGCCACUUUGCAUUUCAGAACAUUUUUUUUUUAUUUUCUCGACGGUUCCCACUUCCGAGAUCCAACUGGAGUGGAGGACGUUUUUUAAAAAUUGAUUUUGAAAUUCAAACGACAUUAAUUUCCAGUCGACGAGCGGCGUCCUCGCCUCGCGACCACAGGAAGAGCGUCCCGGCUCGAGCUAGCUAACUUUUAACACACAUUAGCAUUUAACUUGACAACUGCCCCUCCAGCAGCAGCAGCAGCAGCGGCGGCAGCGGCACAGCAACAAGGGAAGAAGCGACACCGCAGCAGAGCAUCGGAAAGAUGGGCGAUAAAGAACUGACGUGGGCACUGAAGACCGGAGACCUGGACGAGGUCAAAGCCAAACUGGUGACGGCCGAAGAUGUGAACCGGACCCUGGAGGGCGGGAGGAAGCCUCUGCACUACGCCGCGGACUUUGGCCAGACGGAAGUUGCAGAGUUCCUCAUUUCGCAGGGAGCAGACAUCAAUGCUCCCGACAAACACGGGUUAACUCCACUGAUAUCCGCCUGUUUCGAGGGUCACAUCUCCUGCGUCAAGUUCCUGCUAGAAAAGGGCGCUGACAAAGACCGGAAAGGACCAGAAGGCAUCUGUGCCUUUGAAGCCGCCGAGAGCGACGCCAUCAAGGCUCUGCUCAAGUGAGACCCUGAAGGUGUGUGGGGAGGUGGCCUGACAGGUGGGUGGACGGACGGACAGACAGACGGACGCAGUGGUUCCCCCUUGACGGAAGACGGACUCGACCCUUUGACCCUCAUCAAGCUCCUGUCUCAACACUGCUUUUGUCUGUUUGUUUUGGAGGGUCACGUUGUCUGUCCGGUGAUUCUCCUUCCCUUUCCUUUAAUUUUUUUUGUGUUUCGGGAUAGGAUUUUCUCUUCCUUUGACCUCCGUUUGUAGCCAUUUAACAUAAGGACAGUGACGGUCUCCCUUAGGGACCAAACACCAGGGGGAGCGCUCUAAUACACCUGGAUCCUCAAAAACACCACCGACUAGAUAUCCAACUUUAAUGCAAACGCAAAGCUUAGCACUUAAAAAAUCCACAACCACUCAUGCGCAGUUCUCUUUUAAAUCUGUAAAGUAACAAGAUCAAGAAGCGUGUUUCAUAUUUUUACAGCUCCACUAUAAGUAUUGUAUGGCCACCACUUAAUCUCAUGAACAGUAAUUGCACUGUAAAAAAAAUACUGGAUGGAUCGAAGACAAAAGGUUUUAAAAGUCUAAUUAUAUGAACCUUUCAUUAUGUGCGGCCUCUUCCUCUGCCCUCACUUCUCCUCUUUUUUUUUUUAAUAGACCAAACUGUCCUUCCAGUCUAACAUUGAAACUUUGGGUGAGAGAGAGGUCCAGAGGUCAGUUUUUUUUUUCCUUUUCUACUUCGCCCAGUAUCACUUAACAUAUCAAAUGGUGUGUUUAUUUUGACACAUUUUUAUGUCACAGUAACGCAUUAAAAAAAAUAUAUAAUUCUGUAUUUCUUUGACCAAUCACCAAAUGCUGGCUAACUAGAAAAAGACUUGAAUGUUGCAAUUAUGUUACGGAAUUCCCACUUUUUUCGACGCGGCGUAAACAUCACAUUAUUAGGAUGAGGAAUUUUUUAGAAAUCGGUUUAUUUAGUCUCCCCUAGAUUUUCCGAUUCCUUUUUGCUUUACAGCUUCUCUUGUGUGUUUUGUUAAUUGAUGGGCUCCGGGGGGCUCUGAGUUGAGGGAUAAAUGGGAGGGGGGGUAGAGUUGAAACUGGAUGGUGGGGGCUGUUGGCAUUCCCCUUGCCUUUGGAUUUGGUUAAAAAUCACCCCUGCCUGUAUCGCUGCAUGUCAAAACUGCCUCUGCUCUUACGCUAUGAAAUGCUCGCUGUCCCCUUCUUGGUUUUUGCUUUCAAAUGAAUUACUACUAAGUAAUCGAGGUAAAACAAAACAAAAAAGAUGCUCUUGCUGGCUUUGUUGUGACAAAAAGUCUGUAAAAAAUAAAUAAAAAAUAUCUCUAAAAAUG